AUGCUCUCCCACCUGCGAUUCCACCGGCGGGGGCCCUCAAACCCUUCCUCGCCCGCUCCCGAUCAGUCUUCGCCCUCGUCUCUGCAGAGCCACCAGCAGUCGCCCCUCAACCCCGACUCGGCGUCUCCCCUCGAUGUCCAGCAGCCGUCGCCCGCGUCCGCCUCCUUGCCGCCGACCUUGCCGCCGAUAGCCCGCGUGACGUCAAGCGACCUCGACUUGGACCCUCUCGGCCUUGGAGACAAGCAAGAUGUCGACAAACAGUCGCCGCCGCAGCCGCAGCAGCAGCCGCAGCCUGUCAGCCGGCCUGCGCAGCCUCAAAGGUCGGGAUACAGCGCCGGCUCCAGCUUCAUUGGCGGAGUUGCCCUCCGCAACUACCAGCGGAAUGCGCAAGCACAGCAAGUCGACGGCGAUGGUCAAACUUCCCCCAAAAAGGCCGACCCGCCGUCGAGGCCAUCGCCGCAGACGUCGAGCAGCUCCAAGGGGAUCGCUUCGCUGAGCAUUAACAACCUCGCCGGCUCCUCAUCAUCGAGUCAGCGGCAUUCUGGAUCUCGCCCGCCGGGCGAAUCCCUGCCCUCGAGUAGUGUAUUGAAUAUUGAGCCUCUCAAGGGCAAGAAAGGGCUGCCCUUUCUCAAGAACCCAAUGUCAACGCUGCUGUUGAGGAGGAAGAACCAUCAAAGCCUAUCAAGUGACCUACCUCUGCCCCUAGGCGGCCGUCUUGACGAGCCUACAUAUGAUCCCCGCAUCAAGGGCACCAGGGUUCACGACUUUAGUGCGCCGAGACGGCGGACGAAUGCCCCCGCGACUGAUACUGUCGCUAUCCGCUCAGCUUCUCUGGCCAAUAUCGCCCUGGAGUCGGGCGUUGGUCCUCUUGACGGGGCCGAGAACCGAGGCUCAGUAGCGUUGGUGGACGGACAGCUACAACGCCGCAUGAUGAGCAGUGCGUCGGAUCCCGCUCGUCCAGAAUCAGGGAGCACCAACUCGCACACCAUUGCCCAAUCAUCCAGCGUUUCUUCCGUCAGAACGGGGUCUUCCACCGCAGAGCAAGCCUUCCCGCUGGAAGAAAAUGUCGUUCGUGAACUCACCAUGAAGAACAAUGACCCAGCUCUGCAAGCAGCCCCUUCGGCAGCCUCUUCGGCUAUCGCCCAGGACGUGGCUAUCCCAGCCAGGGAUACCGGCUCCAUACACAUCACCCGGUCAAGAAACGUUUCUCUGUCGUCCAUUCCAAGGCACAUGAAGAGCACCUCCUCGCGUUUCAGCUUCGACAUGAUUGGGGCUGCCAAGCAGGAAAAGCUGCUGGAAGAGCGCCACAGACAGCGGGAGCUGGACAAAAAGGCCGCAGAAGGCGAGCCAAGGGACUCCCGCUUUGACGAAUUUGACGAGGAUUCCUUUGAUUACGACGCCAUGAUGGAUGAUGACGGGUUAGAAGAGAAGAUUCCGGGAAUAAACGCCGAUUAUGAGGAGGAGGAUAUACCCUAUCUCGACGGCGGUUAUGAUGAGCAAGAGGCCCAGUACAUUGAGGAUGACAUCGAUCCGGACGACGACCAAGAAAACUUUGCUGGCUUUACAUUCCAGCGGUCCAAUGCGACCUCGUCUCUGACGAGUCCUCAAAGCCUGGGCGUGUUUCCAACUCCCCGAGACACUGAGGGCGAGGUCAUUGGCUGUGCUAUGACCAAGGACUCUCCCGGGCUUUCAUUACCGCCCUCAACACCGGCGCCGCCAAGUCAGGGGGCCGAUGCCGAAGGGUCUGGCCUCGGCAUUCACGGGGUGGAUGCUGUUUCGGACUCUCUUCAAACACUGAACCUGGAGGCAGGUCCCGUACCACCCGCUGCAGCUGCGCCACUGCCAGAACCCGUGCGUCGUAAGAUGAGUUAUGACGAUCUAUAUUUUGACGAAGGCAUGGCCGGUUUUGGAGGCGUGUUUGCGGAAGAUCUGGCUGCAGGCCCUCCAGACGAUGGGGAGCCUUUUGAUGAAUCAAUAUUCGACAACGACGAUACGGAUCGGUUCGGCCGACCUUUUCCUGGAGCUUUUGCGGCCGCCAAAUUAGCGCUGAAAGAGAAAGUCAAGCAAGAGGACGUCCCGCAGGAAAGGGACGAGGAAGAGCCCAUAGUGGACUCGCAGCAACAGUCAGAACAGCAGGACUUUGCUCAGGCAGAGACGCAGGCCUCUACGAGCAUCAGCCCAGAGCACGCAGACGGGAACGAUGACAACCAAAGUCCAGACGAUUUACCCCCGUUGUCUGAGACCACUAUUGUUGCUCCUCAGCCAACGGCUUACAGCGCAAAUCCCAUCGCUGCCUAUCAAGCUGCCUUGGCCGCGGCUGCCCAGAAAGCGGCGGCAUCCGGCGAGUUUGAACGCUCAUUGGCACAGUCUCCCACCGACGCCGACAACAAUGGCCUGCCUCACUAUGCGUACGACGACUAUGGCUAUUCUUACGACGACAUGGACGAUUUCGAGAUGGACGACGACGCCAUCAUCGCAGAGGCCAAUGCUAGCGCUCUAGCCAACGAUUACGAUGGGUGGUACGGACAGGAGUUUGGUUUCUACGCUGCCCCCGUCAAUAACUACGGCUCCCACAACGCGAGCUCCGGCUCGGAAGACAACGCAUACGUCGCUGGAGGGUUCUUUGGUCCCAAAGGCGCAAGCAAUAUCAACCGCAGCAAAAGUGGGCGCGUGGUCUCGAGAGAACCCAACUUGACACCCAUCACCGAGCGAUCAGAGUACUCUAAUAGAAACUCCCUCAUGAGCCUUGGAAUGCCGCCCAUCAGCGGCACGCCCGUCGUGCAGAGCCCCGGACUGGCUCAGCUGGCCAUGAUGGCAGAUCGAGGUGACGAGCAGAUGAACCUAACGGCUCUCCUCCGGCUGCGAUCAAAGGCGUGGGGAGGUUCUCAAGCCAGCCUGGCUUCAAGUAAAGACGGCUCCCCCAGGUCCGAAAGAGGGGACGUCCCCGGGUCGCCUCGAGGGCCUGGCUUUCCGGCCGGCUUCCCCUCCUCGAUCGGCCACACGCGGAAGAAUUCGGCCUUUUCCGUUGUGAGCCGCGAUUCGGAAUCUGGCAGUGCUCCUGCCAGUCCUACGCUGACAAUGCCUACAUCGGCCCUCGCCUUCAGCUCGUCAGCUCAGCCCGAUUAUGUGAAUCCAGACACAGACGUGGCAUCAGCCUGGGCGGCGGUCUCGGCAUCCCCGGUCCAAAUGGGCUCAAACAUGCUACAAGAAGGCAUUUCCCCGCUCAGCGAUGCGCGUUGUCCGCCUGCUUUCGCAGCUCCUGGUGCACACCCGCAUGCCAUGAGUAGCAGCCAAACCGCCACAAGCCUGGAGAAGGGCCACCAGCGACAGAAGGGAUCGACCGAUAGUAUAUCCUAUAUGAUGGAGGAGGAGGAGAGCGGCGAAACACGAUGGAUCUUGGAGCGCCGGCGAACGGGGGAGUUUGGAGAAGUCGAGAUUCUGGAGCGGGAAGUCGUUGAAGGCGGGCGUAUAUAG